AUGUCUGGCCAGGGCCAAUUCAUUGUUGGUGCAAACCUCCAUCCACAGCUAACUACCAAGGCUAUUAGGCUCCGUUGUGUAAGGAACUAUGUUGUCACUGAAAGAAAGGGAGAAAACAACAUAAGAAGUCAAGAAUGUGUAUUUCAUGAUCAAGAGGGUGUGUUUAUCCACGUACACAUACCUAAGGACAUUGUUUGCAAAUACAAGAAUGAAUUCAAGGAGGGGAAUGUUUAUGGGAUUAGGAAUUUCCUUUGUAUUACUAACUUUUUCAAAUACAAAACAAGCACUUUGCGUUAUAUGAUCAAGUUUAAGCAUGACACCAUUGUGAAGCACUAUAAGCGUAUCACUUUCCCUAAAACUCUGUUUCGGUUCAAGACUUUCCCUGCCAUACUUUCAAAACAAGAUGUUGAUGAGAAAGUGUUGAUGGAUGUGAUUGGUCGAAUUGUUGAGAUUUAUUCCCCACUAGAGAAGGUAAUAUGUGGCAGAAAAACUAGGCUCAUAGACUUUGUGCUUGAAGAUAUGAGGGCAAAGUUUAUGGACAAUGGUGAAGUGCGCAUUUGUAGCUCUUUUGAUGCAACUCAGUUGUUUUUCUCUCACCCCUGUAAGGAGUUUGUUGCACUGAAGAGGCAGUUGGGGGAGUAUUGGGUAGCCGGUCGAAUUGUUGGUGUUGAGAGUCUAUGUGAUUGGUACUAUAUUUCUUGCAAGACUAAUUCUUGCAAGAAAAAGCUCUCUGAAAGUGGUGGAAUGCUCUAUUGUGCUGGGUGUAAGAACUAUUGGCAAGAAGGAGUUGUGAGGUAUAGACUGAUAGUUCGUGUUGCGGAUGAUACUGGAGAUGCUCCUAUGCUUAUAUGGGAUCGUGAAUGUGCUGAAUUGGUUGGUAUGGUAGCUGGUGAUUUAAAGGAUAGCUAUCCUGGGGGUAAUAACUCUAUUCCACCGGAGCUAGGACGUUUACGUGGGAUGUCUAUGCUAUUCCGCAUAGCUAUGAAGAAGGACGCAAGUUGCAGCCAAUCUGAGAUGGUGUCAACUGAGAUAGGUGGUUCUUUGGAUGUUGGGAAAAGCUGUGAGGUGUUUGUGAGUGAUGAUGAAGACUGUGUUGUGGUGGAUG